AUGAACAACGGCACAUUACCGAUCGGAUUGGGAAAUCCUGAAAAAGUCGACCACAUCUCGCUCUUCGAGAAUGUGAAAAAUCCGACAAAAUGGAUCUACAAUGUCUACGAUGUGCUCUCGGUGAACACGGAUGUACAAAUCGAGGAAUGGCAGCACAUAUUCUUCUCGAUUCUCAUAUGGAUGACGAUCAGUUACCUGGUGGCCUACUUGACAGCGAUUCUGAUCGCGACGAUCAUGCUUCGGAAGCAUCCAUUCGUCGUUUGCAUAGUGCUGCCAAUGUCACUGAUGUGCGUAGUGGGACCAGUGACAAUGGGCGCCGUCACGUCAGCGUCGAUAGCAUUCGCCCUUUCUUCGGCGAACAAACCCGUGAACCCUGCCUAUUGCCUUGUGCUCGGCGUCAUUCAAACCUUUUUCCAUAUCCUCAUCUCAUUCAGCCGAAUAUUGGCAACUUUG